UUUUCACCCACUUCCACGGCACAACUACACAGCACGUUGGCCGGAGAGGGGGGAAAUAUUGGUCCACGACGAUUCUUUUCUGUCAUAGCGGCUGUGGAAACUCAUAUCUGUGGUUGGACUGUCAGUCGUUCGGUCAGUUUGCCCUUUCAGCCUCCUUCCAACAACUUCACAUCUUCUUCUUCGAACAACGACAGGGGUUCAUGAUCACCAGGAAGCUCCUCACUUUUCUUUAACUGGAUUAACUCGCGAGACACUUUUUUUCUUUUUCUUAUUUCUUCCUUUAAAUCGGAGGUAUUUCUCUCUGUCAGAAUGUUGUGGAAAUUAGCCGACAACGUCAAGUAUGAAGAUGACUGCGAGGAAAGGCAUGACGGCAACAGCAAUGGGAACCCCCGGCUGCCCCACCUGCCAGCGGUCAGCCAGCACCUAUACAGCCCGUCUCCCUCCCUCUCACACUCGGCCAGUUCGGACUUCCAGCCCCCGUACUUCCCACCCCCUUACCAGCCCAUCUCCUACCCGCAGUCCAGUGACCCCUACUCUCACCUCGGCGACCCCUUUAACAUCAACUCCUUACAUCAGUCUCAGACGUCGAACCAGCAGCAGCCAUGGCCCGGAAGGCAGGGCCAGGAUGGGCUUGGAGCUCACGCGAGGAGCGGACUGGCGAGUCAGAUUUUGGGCCUGGAUGGAGGCUCGUCCGGGGUGAGGAGGGAAGGGUUCCGCCGGCCGGAGCUGCUGCCCCCGCACGCGCACAGCAUCGAGUCCAUUGGUGAUAACAUGGGGAUGCACGACAUGGGACACGGGUUGGAUGAUGUUCAACAUGUAGAUGACCACAGUAUUAUUAUGGCAGAUCAGACAGUCAUCAAAAAAGUAUUAGGACUACGUGGUGGCAGGAACCUUGAUCGCAUACAGAGGACUUAUUAUCAGGGGGGCAUUCUUGCGGGUCCCGUCACUCUACCUAAAGGCAACGCGCUAGGUCUUCCUUUCCAGAAGGAAUCCCUGCUAGGCAUGGUGUCAAACCCAACAGAGGUGUUCUGCUCCGUGCCGGGCCGUCUCUCCUUGCUGAGCUCCACAUCCAAGUACAAGGUUACAGUAGCUGAGGUCCAGAGACGCCUGUCGCCCCCUGAGUGCCUGAAUGCAUCACUCCUGGGAGGAGUUUUACGCAGAGCCAAGUCAAAAAACGGAGGCCGUUCUCUGAGAGAAAAGCUGGAUAAGAUAGGGCUCAACCUGCCUGCCGGAAGAAGGAAGGCGGCCAACGUAACUCUACUUACCUCACUAGUCGAAGGUGAAGCAGUUCAUUUAGCAAGAGACUUUGGGUACGUGUGUGAGACAGAAUUCCCUGCAAAGGCAAUCGCUGAAUACCUGGGCAGGCCGCAUGUGGAACGCAACGAAGUUAACUCGCGCAAGAACAUGCUCCUAGCUGCCAAGCAAAUCUGCAAAGAGUUCACUGACCUGCUCACUCAGGAUCGCUCACCUCUGGGAAACUCUCGUCCGGCCCCCAUCAUGGAACCAGGAAUCCAAGGCUGCCUCACCCACUUCAGCCUCAUCACUCACGGCUUCGGCUCUCCCGCCAUCUGCGCCGCCAUGACCUCUCUGCAGAACUACCUGAACGAGGCGCUCAAACAAGUGGACAAGAUGUACCUGAGCUCCGGUAGCGACACCCAGGGGUCCUCAGACAGUGGGAGCAAAUCUACCGACAAAAUGGACAAGCACAGGAAAUGAGAAAGGAGAAUCCUUAUGAACUUGAGAACCCUCCCUGAGUCCCUAGAUCUUGCCGCCCUGUCUGCCCUUCUUUGGACAUUUUUUUAAAAUUGAUUGUUAAGUAUUGUCAUGUUUGAGAGCAGAAUUUGUGAGCGUGUGUGUAUGUGUGUGUUCUCGCACUGUUGAAUUUCUAUCAUUUUUUUGAGAUGUCAGUAAAUUCUACGAACUUGUCACAGUUUGCUGCAACUCCAGCCGAUGCUGAAGGCCUGUGUCCUGGUCCUAAUGGGAGCCCACCUUCUUUAGGGCGUAUUACACACCGUAUCAUACUCAGACCACUAUGCAGUUCCACGCAGUUGCCAAUGUGCUGAAGCUACAACCAUGGGACCUGCUCUUUGUUGACAGGAGGAGCAAAAAGAACAAAGUGCAUACUGUUUUUUGUCUCCCCAGAGGACAUCAUUUCAAGAUGAGUUGCUGUGGCUGUGAAUUCCUCCCAGCUUCCUCCCCCCUCCUGCUCUGUCUGGAGGCAAAUCCACUGAUUUCCUGUGUCUCAAUGGACUUGCAAAGGACAAUUUUUAUAUGAGAAAGAGAGAGAAGAAAAUCCACUCCGUUUUUUUUUUUGUUUUGUGCUCGAUUUGUACAACCACUUCAAAAUGGUUCCAGUGUUAUUGUGCUUUGUUCACAAGAGAUGAUUUGAAUCUUAUGUAGGCCUGAAUGAGAAAAAGACGAGUUUUGGUUUGUCGGUCUGUGUUCGGUCAGAAACCAGAGACUUUAAAGCCUCUCCAGUGUUCAUGUGGAUACCAGGCAUAGCAAUGCUUCCAUUGUUACUCUUUUUAAGCAGAAACUUGUUACUUUUGUCACCACUUUAGGUAUUCUUCAUUCUUAGUAUUUAAAAAAACCUGAGUUACCACCAACCUACCACCCAGUUCAGUCCUGUCUGAGUGUAUGUAUGUUGUGAGAGUGUGUGUAAUUGUACAUAUUUCUUUCUUUAAAAAUGUUUUUAAUUAGACAUUAAAUUCCAAACAUAGAAUUUUA